AUGGCACAAUGGAACCAGCUGCAGCAGCUCGAUACGCGAUACCUGGAGCAACUUCACCAGUUGUACAGUGACAGCUUUCCUAUGGAGUUGCGGCAAUUCCUGGCCCCUUGGAUAGAGAGCCAAGACUGGGCAUAUGCUGCCAGUAAAGAGUCACAUGCCACCUUGGUCUUCCAUAACCUCUUAGGUGAGAUUGACCAGCAAUACAGUCGCUUCCUGCAGGAGUCAAAUGUCCUCUAUCAACACAACCUGCGGAGAAUCAAGCAGUUCCUGCAGAGCAGAUAUCUUGAAAAGCCAAUGGAGAUUGCCAGGAUCGUGGCUAGGUGCCUGUGGGAGGAGUCUCGUCUCCUUCAGACGGCAGCCACAGCUGCCCAGCAAGGAGGGCAAGCCAACCACCCCACAGCUGCUGUGGUGACAGAAAAACAACAGAUGCUAGAACAACACUUGCAGGAUGUGAGGAAAAGAGUACAGGAUCUGGAACAGAAGAUGAAAGUGGUGGAGAAUCUCCAGGAUGACUUUGAUUUCAACUACAAGACGCUAAAAAGUCAAGGAGACAUGCAAGAUCUCAAUGGAAACAACCAGUCGGUGACUAGGCAAAAGAUGCAGCAGCUGGAACAGAUGCUGACUGCCCUUGACCAGAUGCGGAGGGGAAUUGUGAGUGAAUUAGCAGGGCUUCUUUCAGCCAUGGAGUAUGUGCAGAAGACUCUCACAGAUGAGGAGCUAGCUGACUGGAAGAGGAGACAACAGAUUGCUUGUAUUGGAGGCCCUCCCAACAUCUGCUUAGAUCGCCUAGAGAACUGGAUAACUUCCUUAGCUGAAUCUCAGCUCCAGACGAGACAGCAGAUAAAGAAGCUGGAGGAAUUACAGCAGAAAGUCUCCUACAAAGGGGACCCCAUUGUCCAACACCGACCGAUGCUAGAAGAGAGAAUUGUGGAGCUGUUUAGGAAUUUAAUGAAAAGUGCCUUUGUUGUGGAGCGGCAGCCCUGCAUGCCUAUGCACCCGGAUCGGCCCUUGGUCAUCAAGACAGGUGUUCAAUUCACUACCAAAGUCAGGUUAUUGGUCAAAUUUCCUGAGUUAAACUAUCAACUUAAAAUUAAAGUGUGCAUUGACAAAGACUCUGGUGACGUUGCAGCAUUAAGAGGAUCCCGGAAAUUCAACAUUCUGGGAACAAACACGAAAGUGAUGAACAUGGAGGAAUCUAACAAUGGCAGCCUCUCUGCAGAGUUCAAACACUUGACCCUGAGGGAGCAGAGAUGUGGCAAUGGAGGCCGGGCCAACUGUGAUGCCUCUCUCAUAGUGACUGAAGAACUUCAUCUCAUCACCUUUGAGACAGAAGUUUACCAUCAAGGCCUAAAGAUUGACUUGGAGACACACUCCUUACCAGUUGUGGUGAUCUCUAACAUCUGUCAGAUGCCAAAUGCCUGGGCUUCAAUCCUUUGGUAUAACAUGUUGACCAAUAAUCCCAAGAAUGUUAACUUUUUCACGAAGCCCCCUAUCGGGACAUGGGAUCAAGUUGCUGAGGUGCUAAGCUGGCAGUUUUCUUCUACCACAAAGCGGGGCUUGAGCAUUGAGCAGUUGACCACACUAGCAGAGAAGCUCUUAGGACCUGGUGUGAAUUACUCAGGGUGCCAGAUCACAUGGGCCAAAUUUUGCAAAGAAAACAUGGCUGGCAAAGGUUUUUCUUUCUGGGUUUGGUUGGACAACAUUAUCGACCUUGUGAAAAAGUAUAUCUUGGCAUUGUGGAAUGAAGGAUAUAUAAUGGGCUUCAUUAGCAAGGAACGAGAGAGAGCCAUCCUGAGCACGAAACCCCCUGGAACCUUCCUGUUGAGGUUCAGCGAGAGCAGCAAAGAGGGAGGCAUCACCUUCACCUGGGUGGAGAAGGAUAUUAGUGGCAAGACCCAGAUCCAAUCAGUGGAACCAUACACUAAGCAGCAGCUGAACAAUAUGUCCUUUGCUGAGAUCAUCAUGGGCUAUAAAAUCAUGGAUGCCACCAACAUCCUGGUGUCUCCCCUGGUCUAUCUCUACCCUGACAUUCCCAAGGAGGAGGCGUUUGGAAAGUAUUGCCGGCCAGAGAGCCAGGAACAUCCUGAAGCUGACCCAGGUAGUGCUGCCCCAUACCUGAAGACAAAGUUUAUCUGUGUGACCCCAACGACCUGCAGCAAUACCAUUGACCUGCCGAUGUCCCCCCGCACUUUAGAUUCAUUGAUGCAGUUUGGAAAUAAUGGUGAAGGAGCUGAGCCCUCAUCAGGAGGGGGACAGUUUGAGACCCUCACGUUUGACAUGGACUUGACUUCUGAGUGUGCUGCAUCCCCCAUGUGAUGGACUAAGAAUGAAAACUACAGAAUGAUAUGACUGAGGCACCUAGACCCUACUCCCCUUUCCCAAAAAAACCCCCAGACUCAACAACCGAACCCCAGAUCAACUGAAACUUGUACCUUCGUGGCUCAUUUCCUUUGAUCUCCUGUUUUUCAUUUAUCCUUAUGUAAUUAGGCAGCUUUCUCCUAGAGAAAAGAGUGCUUCUAGGUUGUAUGCUAUUAACCAAACAGCAGUCCAGUGGUUCAUCCUUUGAGACCGUGGUUGUUUGGUAUGGGAGAAAGGGGGUGGGGGAGGCAGGAGGGAGAAGAAAGGAAUGUGUGUUCAUUCUCUCCCUCUGACCUUCUUCCUCAGUAAUUAUUUGGGGAUUUUUGUGUGUAUUUUGGGUUUUUUGUUUUGUUUUUUGUUUUGCUAGACAAGUGCCUACUGGUGCCAGCUGCAUCCAGUGCCUGUUUUGUAAGUUUCUGUCCCAGGCUGUGUCUGACUGCAUGCUGCCAGCACCCACUGCACCUAUUAUCUUGCUACCAUCCAAAUAGAAGGGAGGAUUUUUGAAUCCUCUAGGUUUCUUUUUAAACUUGAGAAAGUUAAAAGCAAAAGCAAAGAAACCCCAUUCUCUCCUGUAUCAAAGCUUUUUGUAAAAUGUAUUUAAGAUUCCUCAGAGACUUCUUGCAGGUAUUCAGCAGUCCCAGAUGGCAAUCUUUACUUUGACUCCUAGAGUGUGUUCAUGAAAUUCAUUCAUUCAUCUGUUCAUUCAACAAACAUGCUCAAAGUGCUGGGGACACAAAGAUAAAAUCUGACAUGAUCCCUGCCCUCAUGGAGCUUACAAUUGAUUACCUCAAAUGGUAGCUGAAGCUCUAAAGCUAUCGCUUGGCUUUUAGAACAGACAUGUU